GGGUCGUACUUCCCUGAGGAAUCUCAUUUUAUUGUUUUUGUAUCGACAGUUUCUUGGUGUCUGGUUUUUAUUGUUUGAUCUUUGUGCUCUUUGUGUAAGCCCCUGAGAGAAGUCAACAACAAAUAGUAGUGUUAUUAAUAGCACAACACAAGGCCUGGUACCGAACGCUUUUAGUCCAUAGUCUCAUAGAUUAGUUAUACCAACAGACUUCUUGGUCUAUAAGACUCGACUCCUUCCGUUUGAUUAAGUUCUAUUCACUCAUUCCAUUUGUUUAUUUUUUGAGUUCUCUUCGUUUAUGGUCAUGGAAGCAACUCUUAUCCCGAAUCCAAAGGAUUCCAACGCCACUAUCCUCCUCAUGGGUCUACGUCGAGGAGGGAAAUCGUCCAUUUGUAAAGUGGUUUUCCACAACAUGCAGCCCUUGGACACCCUCUAUUUGGAGAGUACCUCCAAGCCAACCACCGAGCAGUUUCUGUCUCUCAUUGACCUUUCUGUGAUGGAACUUCCGGGACAACUCAAUUACUUUGAACCCAAUUACGACUCGGAAAGACUCUUUUCUUCUGUCGGGGCACUUGUAUAUGUCAUUGACUCACAAGAUGAGUAUCUUAAUGCCCUCACCAAUCUUCUGAUGAUCAUUGAAUUUGCCUACAAGGUGAACCCAAAGAUCCAUAUCGAAGUGCUUAUCCAUAAGAUUGAUGGGCUUCUGGAGGACUAUCGGAUGGAUGCCCAACGAGACAUCAUGCAAAGAACAGGGGAUGAGCUCCUUGAUUUGGGCUUGGAGGGCGUACAGGUUUCUUUCUACCUCACGUCCAUCUUUGACCAUUCCAUCUACGAGGCAUUCUCUCGGAUUGUCCAGAAACUUAUCCCCGAGCUCCCCUCAUUGGAGAAUAUGUUGGACAAUCUUGUACAACAUCUGUCCAUAGACAAGGUUUUCUUGUUUGAUAUCAACUCGAAGAUCUAUGUCGCCACAGACUCGUCACCGGUGGACAUCCAGACAUAUGAAGUUUGUGCCGAGUUCAUAGAUAUCACCAUUGACUUGGAAGAUCUUUAUGUGGAAGAUGGCACGUCUUCGCAUGCCAAUGGUGGCGGCACGGAUGGGACGUCCACCCUGGCCCCUCUGCCCAGAACACCCACUGACCUCAAGUCUAUUUCCCACUUGAGCAAUGGACUGCUGUUGUAUCUCAAGCAGAUGAUCCGUGGACUUGCCCUUGUGGCAGUGAUCCGGAACGAUGAGGUGAACAACUUGACCAUCGACCUGACGGUGGCCAUCAUCGACUACAAUGUUGUACUCUUCAAGCAGUCGUUAAUGAAGAUGUGGGAGAACCUGAGACUCGUUUACGACGAAGACCAGUGAAUGGCUAGCGAUCAGGCGAUCCGGAGCAGGGAGCCGAAGGCUGGCGUGGGGGGAGAACGGUCCACGGGUGAGGGCGAUGUACAGGUACGACGGGGGGGGAGGCAGGAACCCGGACAGUGUAGUUUAAAUAGUAAAUAAA